CAAAGAUAGAGACUACAGCGAUUAUAUUCUGUUUGGCCUGUUAGUUCAUCAUUUGCACAAAUCUGAACCAAAGCACCACCGCUAUUGGCACAGGAAGCUAAUGCUGAAGGAAGGGAGGCAGUUGGAGAUUCAGGGAAGAACAGGAGAUAGUCUAGAUGAUGUUUCACUGAAUGGAUAUAAAAAAUACUUGAUAUCACAGUCCUCCCCUGCACCUCUGACUGCAGCAGAAGAGGAACUUCGACAAAUUAAGAUUAAUGAGGUACAGACGGACGUUGGUGUAGAUACCAAGCAUCAAACAUUGCAAGGAGUAGCAUUCCCCAUUGCUAGAGAAGCUAUUCAAGCUUUGGAGAAAUUGAAAAAUAAGAAACUCAAUUAUGUACAACUGCAAAUUGAUAUGAAAAAUGAAACUAUUAUUUUGGCCAACACGCUUCACACUGAGCUUAAGGACUUGCCAAAAAGAAUUCCAAAGGAUGCUGCACGUUACCACUUUUUCCUGUAUAAGCAUGCCCAUGAAGGAGACUAUUUGGAGUCCAUAGUUUUCAUCUACUCUAUGCCAGGGUAUACAUGUAGUAUACGAGAACGAAUGCUCUACUCUAGUUGCAAAAGUCCACUGUUAGAAAUUGUAGAAAGACAGCUGUGGAUGCAGAUAAUUAGAAAGAUUGAAAUAGACAACGGCGAUGAGUUAACUGCUGACUUCCUUUAUGAAGAGGUUCAUCCAAAACAGCAUGCUCACAAACAAAGUUUUGCUAAACCAAAAGGUCCUGCGGGGAAGAGGGGAAUCCGAAGACUCAUCAGAGGUCCGGCAGAGACUGAAACGCCCAGUGAUUAGAAGCUGUUUGUUUGCAUUUGUUAUAAAGCAUUACAGUGAGAAAUGCAUUUCUGGCUUUUGGUAAUGAACUGAAAUCAUUCCAUUCAUAGAUGCUA